GCAGACUGAGAGACAAAGUGUGGGCUUGUUUUCUAAGGUACAAGAAGCUCAAACUCUGCGUGUUGUGGAUUUUUUUUUUACUCCUGUAACCAAGGUGGAAUAACUGGACAGGCGGUCUCACUCAUGGUUCACCUCUGAAUGGAAUCAUUUGAUGCUGCUUUUUUUAUUGACAUCUGCAUUAAAAAACUAAAUAAUGAAGAAUCAGGGAGCAGGUUUCCUGGGUUUAAAUCUACCCUGCUCCUAAAUAUGAUAAGUACUUGUUGUGGUUAUCUUUAAAAAAAAAAAAAAGAAGAAACAAAAAAAGGUCUGUAUCUGUUGGAGGAAUUCCGGCCUGUCAGCUUUUUUUGGUUCCUUGUUGCUUUCACUAUUUUGUGAAAGGAGACGUAAGAAGGAAGGAAGGGGAGAGCGAGAGAGAAAACGACAGAGAGGAGGGGAGAGAGACGUACACAGUCCAAGCGUCUCGGCGAGGUGUCAGUUGUUCUGAGAGGCAGCUGAGAAGAGUACGAGUGACUCUUCACCAAUCACUCUCUUUCUCUUUGGUCCUAGAAGAAGUGAAGAGACAACAUGGUUCGGUGGUUCCACAGAGACAUCACAGGCUUGCAGGCCGAAGAGAUGCUGAAGUCUCGAGGCAUUCAUGGCAGCUUUUUGGCCCGACCCAGCAAGAAAAACGUAGGAGAUUUCUCCCUGUCUGUCAGGGUGGGUGAGCUGGUGACACACAUCCGGAUCCAAAACACAGGCGACUUCUACGACCUGUACGGCGGGGAGAAGUUUGCCACCCUGUCAGAGCUGGUGGACUAUUACACCGCGGAGAAUGGCAUCCUGCAGGACAGGGAUGGGACUGUUAUCGAGCUCAAAUACCCCCUCAACUGCUCCGACCCCACCACAGAGAGGUGGUACCACGGUCACCUGUCCGGGCCAAACGCAGAGAAGCUCCUCAGUGCGCGGGACGAGCCGGGGACCUUCCUGGUAAGAGAGUCGCUGUCCAAACCUGGAGACUUUGUCCUGUCUGUUCAGACGGACGAGAGGAGCAAAACAGGAGGAAAGCGGGUCUCCCACAUUAAGAUAAUGUGCCAGAAUGACAGGUAUACAGUGGGAGGCUCAGAGAUGUUUGACACGCUGACAGACCUGGUGGAGCACUACAAACGCAAGGGCAUCGAGGAGAUCUCUGGCAACUGGAUUUAUCUCAAACAGCCAUAUUACUCCACCAGAGUGAAUGCAGCAGAUAUCGACAACAGAGUGAAAGAGCUGGAUCAGACCAAGCAGCAGCAGGAAGGCGAGGGAGAGAAGAGCAAGGCAGGCUUCUGGGAGGAGUUUGACGCUCUGCAAAAGUUGGAGGCAAAGGUGAAAAAGAGCAGAGAGGAGGGACAAAGGCCUGAAAACAAGAGCAAAAACAGAUACAAGAACAUUCUUCCCUUCAAUGACACCAGGGUCAUCCUGCAGGACGCUGAUCCUAACGUUGUGGGUUCAGAUUACAUCAACGCCAAUUAUGUGAAAAACACCCUGUGGGAGUCCGGAGAUCAGAAAGUUUACAUCGCCACGCAGGGAUGCUUAGCAACAACCGUCAAUGAUUUCUGGCAGAUGGUAUGGCAGGAGAACACGAGUGUGAUCGUCAUGACAACAAGAGAGGUUGAGAAAGGGCGGAAUAAAUGUGUGCCAUACUGGCCGGAGCUUCAUAGCUCCAAGGAGAUGGGGCCAUACGUGGUGACCUGUGAGUCGGAGAGAGAAGCUGCUGAUUAUAAAGUCCGAGUUUUGGAGAUCGCUCUUAUGGAUAAGCCAAAACAAUCUCGUCAAGUAUGGCACUACCAGUACCUCAGCUGGCCUGACCAUGGCGUCCCUCAGCAGCCAGGCGGCGUCCUCAGCUUCCUCACUCAAGUGAACGCUAAACAAGCUGAAUAUCCUCAUGCUGGACCCAUGAUCAUCCACUGCAGUGCUGGAAUUGGUCGGACUGGCACGAUUUUGGUGAUUGACAUGAUUCUUGAAACCAUCGACACUCUGGGUCUGGACUGUGAUAUUGACAUCCCCAAAUACAUCCAAAUGGUGCGAGAGCAGCGCUCUGGUAUGGUGCAGACAGAGGCCCAGUACAAGUUCAUCUACCUGGCUGUGUCCGAGUACAUACAGACCACCAAAGCCAAAGACUCUGCCUCCAUGGAAACCGAGACGGAGUAUGGAAAUCUGCAACUCAAACAGCCAGCGAGCAGGAAGGUCUCAAAAAACAAGGAGGAUGUUUACGAGAAUCUGUCAAAAGGAAAGAAGGAUGCGAAGAAGUCAAAGACAGACAAGAAAAGUGGCUCAGUGAGGAAAAGAUAGAAGAGACUGAGAAGUUUUCUCAAAGUAUGUCAUGUUAUUAUAUUUAUGUAAGCACUCUUUAUUAAAGAAUUUGUCUUUUAGUGAAGACCUUAUACAAAAUAAAUGUGAGGUUUAAAAACAGAGACAAGAUAACUUGUUGACAUUCCAUGUCACUUGAAUGCCCGGUUGUUACAAAUUAAAACAGAACAUAUGUGAA